AUGAAGCCUGAGGUCGUGCGCUCAAGCAAGCUCGGGACAUUCUUAUCGUGGCAGAUUCCCAGGUACGGGGGCCGCAAGACAUUCCGUCGAAACUUGGCUCGAUCUAUUCACGAUUCCGGUUUGGACAGAAUGAAGCACGAUCGCAUUCUUGGCAUCGAAUCUUGA